AUGCCUUUGGACACGAUAUAUUUGACUCGCCAUGGGCACCGCCUCAGCUGGACCAUUGACUUUCGCACCGGUACAUAUAGAGCUCAAUUCCCCACGCCAACAGGAAACCCAGCAGACCCUGCCCUGACCUCGCACGGUGUUCAUCAGUCGCAUGAGCUGGCCGAACACAUUUCAGCCCCCGAAUUCCACCCGAAGCCAUUCCGUGUCUACUCGAGCCCCUUCUAUCGCUGCCUUCAAACAAUCCAGCCGUCUGUCGAAGAGCUGAAGAGACUAUCAGCUGAAUCCGGGGAAGGUCUGAAAGAUGGCCAGAUUGGAUCAAUUGAUCGGCAUGCGGAACUGGAUGUACGAAUUGAGAACGGGUUAGGAGAAUGGUUCGGCGCAACGGACUUCUUCGACCAUCCAGCCCAUCCAACACCCGACAUAAUGUCCACCCACUUCCCAACUAUCCUCUCAGAUAGCCAAACCUACAAACCCCUCCUCGUCCCCUCAAGACGCGGCGAGACAAUCAAGCAGCUCCACAACCGCAUAGCAACAGCACUGGAAGGUAUAAUUGCCGACAUCGACGCAGAAAUCUCCGCCCUAGAAGCAGAUCUACCACCAGACCAAAGAACCAGCAAGUCUGUCCUGAUCUGCGCGCAUGCCGCGCCGCUCAUCGCCAUGGGACGGGCUCUGACAGGGCACAUGCCGGAUGAUAGCUCUGAAGAGGACUUUAAUGUUUUUACAGCUGGGCUGAGUACGUUUAAGAGGAGGUCUGUUUCUGCUAGUUAUGGACAGAGCGAUGUCCAGGAAGAAAAUGCAGAGAAGCCGCUUGCUGAGGGUACGACGAUGCUUCGUGCGUCGGCUCUGCCGCAGUGGAGGAACGGACGUGGUGUUGGGGGUGGAUGGAAUUGUGUUGCGAAUGGGGAUUGUAGCUUCUUGAGUGGUGGUGCUGAGCGUGGAUGGCACUUUGAUGGCGAAGAAGCCUUUAAUACGGGUCCUAUGGCUGCGCCUUCUGAGACACCUGCGAAUGUUGGUGUCACGAAGUUGUGA